CGGCGGAGGCGAUCAACUGCUCACCAAGACCUACGAGACGCUGCUGUCAUCCCACAAUGUGCUCACUAGCGUCAUUUCCAGCGACCGCAUUUCCUCCCUUCGCGACAGCGUGGAGCGCAUCACCAAGCAGGGGGCUCCGCACGAAGAAACGAUUGUGAAAGCCGAAGCAGAACUUGGCGAGCGUUACAAGCAAUGGAUCGAAAAGCGAGACUACACAUCGAUGUUGUCUACGCAAGCGAUGAAGAAGGUCAAGUUUGACGCUGGGGGCAAGGUGUUCUCGAUCAGUUUGGACACCCUCCUUGCCGCCAAGGGGAGCAUGUUUGAGGCCUUAUUCCGCGAACACUGGGGCCCGCAAGCGGGCGAUGAUGGGACAAUCUUCAUCGACAGAACGCCGGAGCCGUAUGAUUUCAUCUUUGAUUACCUGCGUGCCCGAGUGAGCGGCGAGGGGAUUAACCUUCCAACCGAUGAAAUGGCCGUUGCGGCCUUGAAGAAGGAAGCUGAAUUCUUGUGCUUCACCGACCUUAUUGAAGACCUCAAAAAGAAUCCCCCGCCGUAUCUGUCCGGCAAUGACAAGAGUUCUUCCAUGGGAAGGAGAAGGCAGAAGAUUCACUGUCCCACCUGCCACAACAAUGAGUAUUACCAACCCCUUGUGACCUGGAACGCCAAGAAGAGAUUUUACCAGUGCUAUUCAUGCGGCGCGGGUUACAUGAUCACCCAUCAUUAGGCGCAAAAUCCGGAACGUCCAUACGCGAUCCACCUGUCUGUACUCGGGUCUAUGAAGUCUAUGGGCGCGGGGGAAAUACUUCCGGAUC